AAAAAGGAAAUAAACAUUUCAUCUGGAGUAGAUGCUUUAAAAACUCACGCUUCAUAUAAAAUCCACAAAAGAAGCAUACAAAACUUAGCAGCGCAACCCAAAAUGACUGGUUUCGUGAAUAAAGAAAUACAUACUUUCAACAAUCAAGUCCGAGAAGCUGAAAUCAGAAUAGCAGCAUUUGUAGCGGAACACAACCUGCCGUACGCAAUAACUGACCACCUAACAAAAUUGAUAGUGAAAACCUGCCCCGAUUCAAAAAUAGCUGAAAGUUUAAAAUGCUCGCGUCCCAGGGUACAAGCUAUCGUUGACAACGUUAUCGGUGAAGAAAGUUUCAAGGCUCUCUGCGAAGACUUACGAAACAAUAAGUUUUCUUUAAUAAUCGAUGAAUCUACCGACAGGAGUACUACUAAACAUUUGUGCUUAGUCGUCAGGUAUGUUAAAAAUUACCAAGUAAGAGAUAGUUUCUUAGGACUUAUCCCACUUGUAACAGCAGAUGCAGCUACAUUAUACAAUAACAUCAUAGACUUUUUUAAAGUGUAUAAUAUUCCAUAUGAACAAAAUUUGAUCGGUUUUGCUUCCGAUGGUGCCAAUGUAAUGAUGGGUUCAAAUAACUCUGUUAUGACAUUAUUGACUAACGAAUUAAAGGAAUUGUUUGUUAUGAAAUGCAUCUGCCAUUCCUUCCAUUUAUGUGCCUCUUAUGCUUGUAGCAAAAUACCACGAUUUGUUGAAAACACCAUAAGAGAUAUUUAUAAUUAUUUUUCUUCAAGUCCUAAGAGGGUUGGAAUGUACAGAGAAUUUCAAAUAUUUUGUGAAUUAAAAAUUCAUAAAAUACUACAUCCUUGUCAGACCAGGUGGCUGUCAGUGCAUGCAGCUGUAUCAAGGGUCUUGGAGCAGUAUCAAGCUUUAAAGUUGUUUUUUAUUGACGCUUCAUUAAACGACGAAGUACUGGCAGCUACCAAUAUAUUACAAAAAAUAAAUGACCCAGUCACAUUACUAUUUCUGCAAUUCUUAGACUUCGUAUUACCUAUUUUUAACAAAUUAAACAAAGAGAUGCAAUCAGAACACGCAAAAAUACAUGUUUUGUAUGAUCAAGUCUGUACAUGUCUAAAAACGCUGUUUGAGUGCUUUUUAAAAAGAGAUUAUGUCAAAAACACUGUCUUAGAAAAGAUUGAAUAUAAAAAUCCACACAUGUUUUUAAAUCUAGACGAUAUGUACUUCGGAGCAAACGCCAUGGGCACUCUUUUAAAAGAUAAAAAUCUGACUUCUGAGCAAACGCAUUUAUUCAAGACAAGAUGCUUACAAUUUUUUAUAGAAGCAUGUGACCAGAUUAUUGCAAGAUUUCCAAUCAAAAAUAACCCAAUUCAACACUUCAGUGCAUUUUGUCCAGAAAAUGUAAAAAAGGGUGAACGACCGUCAAUUGUGGACGUAGUGGCAAUGUUUCCAAAAUUACAUGAUAGUCCAAAUUAUCAAGAAUUAGACACAGAAUGGCGUUUGCUCCGUAAUACAAAAGAUAUAAGUAAGUUUUCUGACAACAUUGAAGAAUUCUGGAUGAGUGUGUCAACACUUAAAUGCGGUGAUAACUCGGCAAUGUUUCCAAAAUUAUCUGCAUUUGUAUUUAACAUUUUAGUGUUGCCACACUCAUCUGCUAAUGUGGAAAGAGUCUUUUCAUCAAUAAAUUUAAUGAAAACCUGUCAACGCAAUAGACUGUGUACCCGAUCCAUAAUUGGAUUGUUGCACACAAAACAAUAUAUUGACAAAAAUAAUUGUUAUAAUUUUCCAAUUGGAACAGAAUUACAUUUAAAAAUGUCCCAGAAGGGUUGGUAUACUAUACAAACGAAUGAAUAAAAACUGUUUUUUCACUUAUUUUACUUUGUUUUAAUUGAACAGAAAUCUCCCGAUUUUUCCCGAUUUUUAGUUGGUAGAAACACCGAUUUCAUAAAUGUCAGUUUUGCAACA